AUGGCGAGUAUGAUAAUGUGCAAAUUAUUUUUGGACGUUUACAAGUCAAAUUGGUACAGCAAGAAAAUCAACCUAUCAGACAGCCAAGAAGUUAGCGUCAGCAAACGAACAUUAAAUUUGGACAACAUUAACUUGUGCCUGAACGUGCUGAAAAGUCAGCACGUGUCCGGCGUGGAAAGCGUUUCAGCCCAGGAACUGAAGGAUGGAAAGCUGAAAGCGAUCCUUGCGCUUUUUUACGCCCUCUCUCGACACCGACACGCCAAAGUCCGAGCUCAACAGCAAGAAAUGACGCCUAACAGGUAUGCAACCCAGUAUACGCGCUCGCACAUUUACUGCCUACCUUCAAAACCCCAACUUGAAUUUUAUUAA